UUAUUAGCUCGGGCCAUUGACCUGAAUAGCUUUUGCCUAUUAAUACCCCGGAUCCCCAGCUCCAUGGCCGCAAACCAGCUCCAGCAGCACAUCCACCAUCCCUCCUUCUCUUUCUCUUCUCCAUCAUCUCUUUAAACAAACGAGCUUCUAGCACAAAGUAAGGUUCGAUUGGACUCAAUCGGAUGGCAGUUCUUGUGGCGAGGCAGGGGCGGGAGCUGCAGCGGUACAGCGCGAGCACGGGCGGGCGCAUCGUGGUGGGCUGCAUCCCGUACCGGAUCCGCGAGAGAGAAGGAGAAGAAGAGAUUGAGGUGCUGGUGAUCAGCUCGCAGAAGGGGCACGGGAUGAUGUUCCCCAAGGGCGGUUGGGAGGUGGACGAGUCCAUGGACGAGGCGGCCCGGCGCGAGGCCCUGGAGGAGGCCGGCGUCCGUGGCGACACGGAGCCCGUCCUGGGCAUGUGGCACUACAAGAGCCGCCGCUACCACGACCAGACCUACGAGGGCAUCAUGUUCCCGCUCCACGUCACCCACGAGCUCCUCCAGUGGCCCGAGAUGUCCUCCCGCAAGCGCACCUGGGCGACGGUGCAGGAAGUGAUGGAGGGGUGCCAGCACGCGUGGAUGCGGGAGGCGCUGCAGGAGCUCGUCGCCCGGCACGCCAAGCUGCAGUCGGCUCUCUGAUUAAACGACCAAGAGCUUCCUGGCAGCAGCGCGUACGAACGGCGGCGCACGCACGUCGUCAAUCUCUCUGCGAUGAUGUCUUUUACUCGGUGCAAGCGGCAGGCCGGCCGGCGUUCCCGGUCUCGACAACGACCGGGAUCGGAGCAUAUAAUUUGGCCGCCCUUUACCAGCUAGAGAGAUUCUUUCUUUCUCGAGGUGCACAGUCGUCGUCGUGGCGGCAAAUAAUGGGACGAACUUAGAGAGGGGAACGGACGAGGAGAAGAUCGGGAAAAACGGGGUCACAAGAAUUUUAACGAACGGAUUCAAAAGAUUUUUUUUUUCUUUGGACUCUUGGCGGAGUUUGAAGUGCAAAUUAAUUGCAGCAUCCGCACUCCCGCUUUGUUUGGCGGUGCGGCCGAAUCAAUAGAACUAGCAGUAGCAGUAGUACUGCUGCAUUUGAACUGUUGCUGAAUUCCUAGAGUUGAGCACCCAAUUGAACAGUUAUCGUAGUAAAAGUUGCUCGAGGACA